AUGUCGGCCACUACACUUGCUAUGAAAACCGCCUUUACGGAGAAAGAGGCUCGCAGUGCUCUUUCCGCGAGCAGCACCAGCACGCUGUGUACACUUCACGACAGCUCGCCUUUCCAACCCAAUCGGACCCUCCUGAUUGACGCCCGGGGAAUUGGUUGUUUCCGACUGCCUCUCCCCGCGCGCCAGACGGAGAUCGCCAUCCACGACGCCGACGGCAAGCUGGCCUACGUUUCUACCCGCGACCGGCGCUGGUCCGGCAAUAGCGUGCUUUCCAACCCCCAGCUGGGCAAUCUGAUCCGCACCGAUUACUUCUUCGGUCCGAAUCGGCAUCCCACCUUGCGUCUGCUGCAGACGUCCAGCGUGCUCCCCGAGGAGAUUCAAGUCAAGGGGGAAUGGACGUCGCGUUCGGCCCGCUUCACCACCCCCUCGGGAAGCGAAUUCCAAUGGGCCUAUGCCAAAGAGAAACGCCCCGAUGGCCAGAAAGUCAAACUCAUUAUCCUGAGAGCGGUCGGGGAGCCAGACUGUGACCACACGCACCCGCCGAUGCAGGCGCGUCGCCUCGCGCAGCUUUCGAGAUGUGCUGAGACCCGCACGCCCGCGACCUCCCGGUGUUCCGCCGGCAACGGGGGUACCCUCCAGAUUGACGAAGAAGCGGUCCAGGCACACGGGUUGGACGAGUCGAUUGUGCUCGCAACGUGUCUGGUCAUGUUGAAGAGAGAGAUUGACCGACGCCGGAUGAUUCAAAUGAUGGUCAUUGGCGGCGCGGCGGGCGGUUAA